UUUUUAGAACAUUAAACUUCAGUAAACGGUUCUAUUGAACAUCUCGUCGGAAAAAAUACCAGAGUCCAUACUGAAGUCGACACAAAACAUUGUUUGGUCGAUUAAUGGUAUAGAACUUCGUAUUGCGAAGAAAGAAAUUCGUGGAAAAACGGUGGAUUAUAUCAAACAAAGGACACAAUUACAUCGAUACUCAUCAUGAAUUCGAUGAUCAGUGUUAUGUCCAGCUGCAGCUCCUUCUCUGUCGAUACAACAAUAGUUGCCAGGAUGUGUCACAACAGCGUCGUGGUCGGCCCAAAGGUCUACAUCGAUGCCGACGACGCCGGCAGCACCACUCUGUCGUCAGGAGUUCCUUGCACGUGCACUGUGACCACACAUGUCGGCAAGGUGAUGGAGAUCCAAUCCAACUUCACUGGAGCUGCAAGUACAAUAUGUGGCACCUCCAUGGAAAUCACCGGUCUGGGUGUGAGCAACGGGACUGCAUCGCACUCAUGUAACAAUUCUACGUUUGACGUCGCAACACACACGUACAUGAACAUGACCGUGGGAGUAAACAAAGUCCAGACUCCGUACCAGUCUACGUACUGCGUGUCGUUGGAUUUUCGGUACUGCGGAAUGGGUCAGUUCCAGUGCAACAGUGGAUAUUGUAUACCGGACGCUAGCAGAUGUGAUUCUAAUCCGGACUGCACGGAUGCUUCGGACGAGGACAACUGUGGUGGAGGGAGUGUGAAAUGUUCGGAGGGACUAGUUGUUUGUCCCGGAGGUCAGGGCUGUAUGGCCCAGGCAGGCAGGUGCAACAACGUCACGGACUGCAAUGAUGGAUCAGACGAAGCUAAAUGCCAAACUGAGGUAACGACGACAGGAGUUUCGCCUACAAAUGACCCAUCAAAGCCUCUCAUCACAGUCACGUGUAUUGAGAGUCUGUACCUACCGCCCGUAACGACAACACCAACAACAACUACUCCGACAACAACUUUUACUUCUACAACAAUUACUACAAUAAUUACUACAGCUAUAUCAGCUGCCAUGUCCACCCUUUCCUCAACUAACACACCAUCGUUAGAUACUGACAUUCAAUCAUCAUUUACAACCCCUACCGCGACGUAUAACACAACAGGCAUCGUACGUACUGAUACACACCCUACUCAAGACUCAACACCACCGUGGAUAAUUGCAGUCAGUAUCGUAAUACCAGUCGUCCUUAUUGCUGUUGCUGUUGUUAUUUAUUACAUUCUUUCGAAAGCUAAGAAAAAUGACACUGCGAAAAGAAAUCCAACCUAAAGGCGCAACAUGUUUCCGAUUGUCGACUGCGCCGUGUCCGGCAUGCUAUGUUAUAAAAGAAAUCCAUGUGUGUGUGUGUGCUACUUAAAUAUCGUUUUCAAGUCUAUUUGCAGAUUUUUUAAAGACUAUGGUGCAGCAAAUCAGAAACACGUAACGCAGUCAGGUGCGUGUUUUUCAAGGGGUGAUAAUGCCCGGAUGUUGGCAGACGAUAUAGAUGAUGUUUAAUAUAGGUGUUAUGUUUUCGCAACAGUGCAUGAUAGUUUGCGUGGCACAGUGGAAGUGCACUAGCUUUUUAGGCAAUCAUAUUUAGUGACAUUUGAACAAAACAUGAUAAAAUCUGUGAACAGAGUGUGUAAACGUCCACUCCAAACGUCACCUGACGCGAUGUACGCGCACAGUUCUUAUGCUAGAUUUUUUCAUGAAACAUUUUCUUAGAAUCGGGAGGAAGUCGAAGUAUUUUUGAAAUUAAAUUUAAUAAAUGAAAGUGUUGUGUUUACACUAGGGCAGUCAUCUGCUUCACUUUGCAAUUAUGUGGAAAUUUAAUGAAGAUGACCAAUAAAAUGCAUGGAAUAUUGAUAACUUGGAUUAUUUCAGUAAACGCAAGAUUUUGAAAUGCAAUUAUAUUUGGUAUGUUUGUAUAUCUUUUCGAGCGUAGUUAGUGAAACAAAAUACUCGGACCGCAUGCAUGUGACGUCAUCACGAGAGCCUCGUUCUUAAUGUCAACAAAAUGAUCGAUAUCAGGAGACGCUCGAUAUGAGGUAACCGUCCGAUAUGAUCCUAACAUUUUAAGCUAACUUUUUGCAUACUUAGUUAUGUGUUUUUAACAAUGUGAAUCUCGUCGUAUUUGAUGUUGUGAAAACAUACUUUUUCAAUGUAUUUAUUCAUGGGUCGCGUUUCUUUAAAUAAAUGUUAACGGUUUAAUAAUUGUUUCUUACAAAAGACUGGCGAGUGUUUUAGGGCUGUAAUAUCGUAAACUUUGUGACGUCAAACAUUUACCUUACGAUUUUAGGGCGGCAAGAAAGAGGACAAAUAAAAUUAUUUUGAUAUCAAUUUGCAAAUUAUGUUGCAUAUUAUCUGAAAUUCUUUGAAUAAUUUAAAUAAGCACGAAACACUUAAGAACGUGUGCUCCAAAAGACAGCGUGCAUGUAAUAUUUUGCGUAAGUAACGUGGGCGGUAAGUAUAACAGCAACAACAACAACAAAACAGCAGCAACAAAUUGUUCCUUUCUGCUUAAAUGACAAUGAAGCGAUCGUGACAGUAUGAUGAGAAGUAAAAAACAAAAUUAAAAAAAAUAUAUUUAUUUUACCUUAGCUUCCGAAUAAAAACGUCGUCCAGUCUCAUGAGUAAUAAUGAUGUAAUAAUACCGUUAAUUACCACCUUGUACACAUAUCUCAAAGGAGAAAUAUUUACUUUAUUUUUUUAAUAAACAAACAACGGACAAACCUGUAAUAAACUUUUUUCUCCAAAUUUAAAUAAGAGCAUAAAUAAACGUCGAGCCAAUCAGAAAUAACAUCUACAUCCGGGCAUUUACUUGCUCUUAAAGCUCCCUGGAUACGUGUUUCUGAUUUUCCGAUUGAUAUUGGAUGUUUUGCAAUGUUUCAUCACAUUUUGUUUCUUUAUUUGUACUUAUUCUUUAUGAAACAAUCUUGUUGAUAGCCUUUUAGAUCUUGUUUCAGUGAACUGUUCCUUUUGUAUUGACUUUAGCAUAUUUUUCAUUGUAUCUUGCCAAUAGCCUUUCAACGCCGUCGGUGCUUUUAUUAUUUAUACCUUUAAGUGCGUAUCUAUAUCAUGUGUUUAAAAAAGCA